AUGUUGCGGGCAUGUGUUUUGGAUCUUGGAGGUAGUUGGGAGACACACCUGCCUUUAGUGGAAUUUGCUUACAACAAUAGCUUCCAGGCCACUAUAGGUAUGGCCCCAUACGAAGCUCUUUAUGGAAGGAAGUGCAAAUCCCCUAUCCAUUGGGAUGAGGAUCGACAGAAGAGUUAUGCAGAUCGUAGGAGAAAGGAUUUGGAAUUUAGUGUGGGCGACAAAGUUUUCCUUAAAGUAGCACCCAUGAAGGGCGUAUUGAGAUUUGACAAGAAGGGAAAGUUGAGACCGCGAUUUAUUGGACCUUUCGAAAUCCUUGAAAGGAUUGGCGUUAUGGCUUACCGACUUGCCUUAUCCCCUGAACUUGCAGCAGUGCAUAACGUGUUUCAUAUAUCGAUGCUCAGAAAAUAUAUUCAUGACCCCAAUCAUGUAAUAAGUUACCAGACAUUGGAUGUACAAAAGGACUUAUCAUAUGAAGAAACCCCGAUGAUGAUUUUGGAGAGAAAGCUACAUCAACUCAGAAACAAAGAGGUUUCCUUAGUCAAGAUCCAGUGGCGAAAUCAUGGACUUGAUGAGUCAACUUGGGAGAAAGAAGAGGAGCUUAAAGCCAAGUAUCCAGAGCUCUUUGAGUAA